CUCUUGUGCGCGUCAGAGUGGCAUUACUCUCUGGGAACCAGUAUCUCCUUUUUUCAGUCUCUGAGCUUUUUUAAAAAGAGCCAGAAGCUCUAAUGUUGGAUGCCGUGCUAUGACAACAUCACUGCUCCUCCGUCCGCGCUGGGUCGACCCGUCGGUUAUGUUCCUCUACGACAACGGCGUCGGUUCCGAUGAAGUAAGCAAGAACAUGGACGGUUUUCCUGGUGGCAACUUUGCUGCGAACCAGUGUAGGAAUCUGAUGGCGCACCCCGCGUCCCUGGCACCCAGCACGGCUUACUCGUCCAGCGACGUGCCCACCUCCGGAAUGGGCGAGCCAGUGAAGCAGUGCAGCCCCUGCUCUGCAGCUCAGAAUUCAUCCAGCGCGUCCCUGCCUUAUGGGUACUUUGGUAGCGGCUAUUACCCGUGCAGAAUGUCGCAUCACAGCAGCAUAAAGUCGUGCGGAACGCAGCCUCCCUCUGUAUAUGGAGAAAAAUAUAUGGACACCUCUGCCUCAGGCGACGACUUCACCUCUCGGGCAAAGGAAUUCGCUUUUUAUCCAACCUACCCUUCAGGCCCAUACCAACCUGUUCCUAGCUACCUGGACGUUCCUGUGGUGCCAACAAUCAGUGCGCCCUCAGAAGCCAGACACGAGUCCCUGUUGCCCAUGGAGAGCUACCAGCCGUGGACUCUUGCCGCCAACGGCUGGAACGGGCAGGUUUACUGCGCCAAGGAGCAGCCGCAGCCCGGACACAUGUGGAAGUCCUCCAUACCAGACGCGGUGUCCCACUCCGGGGGAGACACAGGCUCUUAUCGACGUGGAAGAAAGAAGCGCGUGCCAUACACCAAGGUGCAACUGAAGGAACUCGAGCGCGAGUACGCUGCCAAUAAAUUUAUCACGAAGGACAAACGGAGGAGGAUAUCGGCCCAGACCAACCUGUCCGAGCGGCAGGUCACGAUAUGGUUUCAAAACAGACGCGUAAAGGAGAAGAAAGUUGUGCACAAAUUGAAAACCAUCAGCUAGUUUAUUGUUAUUUUUACACGGACAAUUAUCUGUGGGAGAUAAACUGACACACACACACACACACACACACACACACACACACACACACACACACACACACACUCACACGCGGACUCAUGGAUUGGAACAACUCUCCUUCCUGACUGAACAUGAUUUAUUUUUCCGUUGCCAAAUGAUUUCCCGGACCUUUUGGAACAAAAUCUAAGGCCUGUAAAGAAAGGCGGACCCUUCCACUUGUUGUAUAUUGUUUCAGGAGUCAAGUGGUGGGGAAUAAGGGACAACAUAUAUAUAUAUAUAUAUAUAUAUAUGCAGUAUGUGUGCUCACUCUUAACACAAGAACAAAUGACCCCGGCUCAGAACAUUUUGCGCCUCCGAGCUACGCCUUUAUCUGGAACUUUUAACGAGAGCGAUAACGUGAAGAUUCACAGGAAGUGGCGGAUCUGGACCUUGGAAAUGUUAAAUAUUAAUCUCUCCUGGCUUCUUAUUUUAAAACCUGCUCACAUGCUUAGCUUGUAUGAAGUUUUAGUCUUAUCAUAUGAACCCUUGCUCUCAUUCAUAUUCACUCAAUCCAUGUUGCAAUCCCUCUUGUGAUAAUGCUUAGAUAAUCGUUGGGGAUAUGUGUUCAUAGCGAUCAUAGCUUUUAUAAUGUGUGCGUAUUCAUGUGGUUGUAUAUAAAGUAAAUUCCGGCAUGGUAUCAAGGUAUUUGUAUGAGUCCAAUAUGUCGGUGUUAAAGUCCGCCCAAUUAAAAUAUGGACUUGGAAUUUCAUUUACGUGUUCUUCAUAGUGGAUCUGAGAUAUUUUGAUGGCUCAGCUUUCAGUUUGUAGCCUAUAUUGACAUUUUAGGGGUAAAUUUAAUAUAUUGUGCUCUUUCGUUACUGGUUUACUUCGGCUACUACCCAUAAGGCCUCCCUACUCUCGCUGCAUGUGGAAAGAAAUCAGAAAUGUUCUAUAAUCAAGGUAUUUUUUAAUGGGUUUUGCUGUAGCCUAUUUUUUUGUUUUAUAUUCAUACAGUUUGUAUAAAAAUAUAAAAGAGUGCAGUGUGUGUAGCAGAGCUCUGUUUGACUCUGGGAAAAGAAGAAAUAAGUCAGUGUGACCUGUCGGUUCUAAAAUGUAGGCUGACAUUGCCAUCUAGCGGUGACUUUGUGACAUAAACCAGAUUACAUCAGUGGUUAAAUGCCCCAUAGAAAGCUUGACUGCCUUCUAAAUAACAAUAAUACUUUAGAUAUAUUAAUAUUAAUAGGAAAUUUAAAAAAACAUAUAAUUAUAGUUAAAUUCUACAACAUUUGGAAGGCCUAUGUUUCCAUUUUCUCUGUCUUUGAGUAAAACGAAUGCCACAAAAAAUA